CGACAAAUCAUGGCAACACCAGAGUCGUGGUAGCGUCCACCACACCGAUUUCUUUAUAAGAAAAUGAAUAAAUAUCUCUAAAUAUGAGUGCUAAGCCAUUAAGAAAUAGUAAAGGUGUAAAUAAACCCUUCCGGUCUCCAUUUAAUACCCCUCAAAAUAAUGAUAAAAAAGAUAACAUAAAUGCACCAGAAACAAGUACAUAUGGAACACCAUUAAAAGUAUCUGUAGCGAAAAGACUGCUUUUUCAACAAUCUCCUUCUCCUAAAAAAUUAUAUUUAGACACAAAAAAUUGUAACAAGGAGAUUGACAUUGAAAUAAAAGAAAAAUUAUAUCAAACUGAUUUAGAAUCAUUGAGAAAGAGUAUACAGGAAAAGGAAGAAACUAUUAAAAUUUUGAAAACUGAGUUGUCAUAUAAAAAAAAGAACAAAGCAGAAAAUUUAGAAGAUGCUAUAAAAAAGUGGACAGAAUGUUGUCAAAGUGCUCUUAUAGACCAUCAAAAAAUUUUGCAAGGAGAAAGUGGUCAAAUAGUAAAAAUGUCUGAAAUUUUGUCUUCAUUUAACAUUAAUCCUGAUAUAGUUCAUUUCUCUAUUAAUGAUGAUACAUUCUAUUAAUUAAAUAUUAAAAAAGAAAUAUCCUAUAAUAAUUCGUAUUGUAACUAUUUUAUUGUUAUAUUUUUAUAAU